GCGACUGUGUUGUCAGUACAAACUGUAACAUCAGUCACAUUUCUGUCUAAAUACUUGUGUUGUCUGAUGAAUGAUUCCAGUCCUGAUUCUGUCCUCAUUCCUCAACAGUGUUACUUAAAUUAAAUUUCAUUGUACUGACUGGGAAAUUUAAAAACAAGUUUGAAAGCAACAGACAGCUGCAACCUGCUUGUAAAACCUUGCUAGAAGGUAAAAAUGUAAUUAAGGUGAGGGUGUGUUUACAUAGUGUGACUAAGACUAGAAUGCAUACAUGACAGUUCCUUAUUCAGAAUGAGGUCAUAUGAGGUUAAAUACCCUGCCUGCCUGCCUGAAUCAGAGAGAUGAGAUAAAACAACUCAAAGCAUUGAUUGGUUGUGUUUAAUUGUUCUGAAUGACCACUUGUCCUUAACAAGUAGAACAUGGUUGGAUGGGACAGCGGGAUAGCUGAACUGGAUCAGUAGGCGCCCCGUGACGAGCAAAGGUUGAAGGUUCUCUUCACCUUUUUGUGUUUAUGUCAGCUCCCCUUCUACUCCGUUUGAUGCUGAGCUUUUUGCUUUGUUACGAAACACUGAAGCACAAACAGUGGAAAACAAUUCAAUAAAAUUCUCUAUAGUUUUGUGUUGUUUCUUUCAGUUGACAUGCCGUGACAGAAAUCGAAAUGUUAUUCUUAGAAUGUAGAGAUGGAAGUGUCAGAUUUAAGAUUCUCUCCCUUGUCUUUUAAACUGCUCUCACUUUAUUAUCUACCACUAUUGAAGGCGUUAAUGUUUUUGUCUGUCUGCAGUGUUAGAAAAUUAGUUCAUGAAUCACUGAAGAGAGACUUUAAUCAAAUUAUGACAAACUAAUGACUGGGUUGACACCCACAACUGAUUAAUCUUUGGCUUCCAACUGAUCUGAGAUGGCUUCCACCUCUUUUCAGUCUUAACCUCUCUUUUCUUUUACAAAUGUUAAGCUACAGUCUGACAUGUUACCUUAUGUUAGCUGAUUUUUAACCGCUAUUUGAUUGCAUGAUAUCCUAUUUAAAACUAUCAUUGACUGUAAGAGGCUGUUCACAAAACAUCUCAGCCACUGGACUAGUACUUCUUGGCUGUACAUCAACAAGUCAUUGUCAUUUGGAGUUGGUACAAGACGUUCUCCACAGCAAAUCAAUCUUAGCCAACACAAAAGUGGCUUCGACUCGGUCAGUUUUACAGAUAUUGAGCAAAACAUUUGUGUCGUAAGAACUCCGUCAUCCUCGAUUCAUUGACUGAAUGCCAACACAUUUCACAAGAUUUCACAAUAUCACAAGAACGUGCUUAAUGUCAUUUACAAGGUUUGACCAAAACAGCUGUAACUCUUGUCUUUUCUCGGCAUCAUAAGAAUUUUAAAAUCCUGGCAUGGAAGGCUGCGGGUGAUAAAAGCAUUCCUCCAGGCUAGGUUUUUAAUCUGUAUUGGUAGAAGAGACACUGCUAGAAAUUUGUGAAGAAAUAAAGGCAAAAUAUGGAGAAAAAAAAUACAAGUAGUUUAUCUACAGACAGGCCUGCUGCCUAGAGAUAACCCCGACUAAUCUUAGUGGCCUCUGCAGACGGCGAUAAGAUGGUUGUAAAUUGACAGAUAAAGCAAAGCUACUUUUCUGUCACUUUAUGAGGGACUCUAUGUUUUUUUUUAAAUUUGUGCUUCAGUUUAAAAGAGAACUAAACUUAUGUUUUCAGUCAGACUCAUUGAGAAACAUCAUGAAGGUCAAACUGUUUAUGGUGUUUAUUACAUUUUAUUUACUAAUGUUCUCACACUGAAGCUGGGAGCUUCCUUUUUGCGUUUCACACCCCCUCAGCUGAUUGACUGCAAUGACAGUAAAGUUGGUGCUGAUUGGUCGGUGGAGUAGGAGGUAAAAGUUUAAAGGGUGAGUUUGGUAAAAACACACAUUGAGAGACGCUGGAUAAUCCACAGAUGUGAAUUCAGGAGGACAAGUAUGAUGUCUGUGUUUCAGCAGUUAAGAAAUUCAGUAUUUUUCUGGUGUUUCUUAAAAUGUAAAUUUAGUUUUAUUAUUUUUUUUAAGUUUUCAUUACAUUUAAAAAGGAAAAAAGUUGUCACAUAUUGAUGUUGGCUUGUUAGAUUUUUUCCACUUCAGACUCUGGGUAACUAUAACAUCUUGACUUUGUUAAUCCCUCAUCUCAUAUAGCCUGUAGAUGGUGAUAUAUUGUUCCUAAAACAGAUUAUUUUAAAAUAAAAUCUGGAUUAGCUCAUUGUAGCUUGUGUUCACACUGAGUUUCUGUUUGUUAGUAAACAUUUAUCUUAGUUUUUGUUUUAAAUAUGCAUUUUUCAUCCUGUUUUAAAAUAAAUUUAAUCAUUUAAUACCUUUUUCUGUUUAAUUCUGUUAUUACACAAUUGUUGUGUUGAUACGCAAAAGAGCGCUGAAAUGUGGGACACCCACUGUUCCAUUUAAAUCUCUGGUCUCAACAUAAGUCCCGUUUUAACUUUUAACAGAUCAGCAGCCUAAACACAUGUUGGUGUCAUGUUUGAGUCAUGUUUUAAAUGGUUUUAGCAUCACAUUGCAGCAUGCUACAUUAGCUUGUUAGACAGGAGGAAAUCAUUUAUUCUGAGUAAAAUAAGUUAUUGAUUCAGCUUCACAUCAUGGAAACGAUUAAAUAAAUACCUCUGUUACUGUUCAUAUGGCAUCAGCAGAUCUAUGAAUUAAUUAAUUUAUUGUUUUUCUUCCAGCUUCGUCUCUUUCCAGAACAUCAGUACAAUGCUGCUGCUCAGACGCUGUCCCAGUCUGACACGAUGUGGACUCAUCAGCACUCACAGACAUAAGGUGACGCCUGUGGCGGCGCUGUGUGCAGUUCGUCUCCGCAGCAGCAGCAACACUGAGGAGCACAAAUCAUACGAGCGCACAAACUGGAAACACAUCCUGGCAGGUCUGCUGACYGGUACCGGAGCUGUGCUGGCAUAUGGGCUGCACCGCCACAAGGUGGAGCGAGCAGAUACUGGAGCGUUGACGUUUGAGAGGCGCUCACCUCUUCCCAUCUUCAGCCACGAUGAAGUGACGAAGCACCGCUCUCUGGAAGAUGGAGUGUGGGUCACCUACAAAGGAGGCGUCUACGACAUCACUGAGUUUGUGGCGAUGCACCCUGGUGGGAAUAAAAUCCUGCUGGCAGCAGGUGGAGCUCUUGAACCUUUCUGGGCUCUGUAUGCCGUACACGACCAGGAACACGUGUUGGAAAUCCUCUCGCAGUACAAGAUUGGYGAGCUGAGUGAAGAGGACCUGAAGAAGCAGCGUGUUGCUGAACCGACCGACCCCUUCUCCUCUGACCCCGAGCGCCACCCGGUCCUACAGAUCAACACCCGCAAGCCUUUCAACGGCGAGCCGCCUCCUGAGAUCCUCUCAGACAGCUACAUCACUCCCGCUGCCUUCUUCUUCAAAAGAAACCACCUGCCGGUUCCUCAAAUAGACCCGGCUUCAUACCGGCUUCAGGUGGAGGUGCGGCCCGGACAUGUCCUGACGUUGUCUUUAGAGGACCUGAAGACUAAAUUCCCCAAACACACGAUCACUGCGACGCUGCAGUGUGCAGGUAACCGGCGUAGUGAUAUGAAUAAGGUGAAGCAGGUGAAGGGUCUAAACUGGGGCAUUGCUGCCAUUGGGAAUGCUAAAUGGAGCGGCGCCCGGCUCAGGGACGUGCUUCUGGCUGCUGGUUUUGGCCCAGAYGUGGCCAAGUGGGCUCGCCACGUUCAUUUUGAAGGGCUGGACCAAGAUGUGACGGGGACCACCUACGGUUCUUCAAUUCCUCUGAACAAGGCCRUCGGGGAGGAAGGGGAUGUGCUUUUGGCGUAUGAAAUGAACGAUCAAGAACUUCCCCGCGACCACGGCUUCCCGGUCCGAGUGGUGGUCCCGGGCGUUGUGGGUGCGCGUAAUGUGAAGUGGCUGGGUAAGAUCGUGGUCAGCGCGGAGGAGAGCAACAGCCACUGGCAGCAGCAGGACUACAAAAGUUUCUCCCCUGGUACCGACUGGAACCACGUGGACUUUAAAUCUGCUCCGGCCAUCCAGGAGCUGCCGGUCCAGUCUGCCAUCACAGUCCCGGCCGACGGAGCCGUGAUCGACCGCAGCGACGAGAUGCUAACUGUGAAGGGCUACGCGUGGAGCGGCGGGGGCAGGGAGGUGGUGCGCGUGGACGUCUCUGUGGAUGGAGGAAAAACGUGGCAGGUAGCUCAGCUGAGGAGCGGUGAGACGGGACAGGCUUCCGAGCCCCCGCCUCCACCGGGUCGAGCCUGGGCCUGGAAGCUGUGGGAGRUAACCACUCCUCUUCCUCCUGACGCUCAGGAGCUGAAGAUCAUUUGCAAAGCAGUGGACAGCAGCUACAACGUGCAGCCGGACACGGUCCUUCCAAUCUGGAACCUGAGGGGUUUGCUGAACAACGCCUGGCACACAGUGAAGGUCCGGGUCAGAGACGAUUAGAACCAGGUUCAGUUUCUGACGUCUUGCAGGAAACUUUGUCUUAAUCUGUCUCAGUGGGAAAAGAAAACAGAAACUGAUCAUUUGUGUAUUUGYUCAGUAUUCUCAAGUAUUUAAGUAUUUGUGAUCCUGUCUGAUUUAAAGAGUUUACUGAAGGUAAACCAAACAUUGAGUGAUUCACUCACUUCACGMUGAAGAUGCGGUUCCAUUUGCAUUUAUGCAAUUUUAUAGCAAAGACAAAUGUAAUUUUUUUAAAUUUAUUUGGAGUAGAUGUAACAUCUAUUCUUUACAUACAGAAUCAUCGUAAAUAUUAGUUUUAUAAACUAACUUUGAAACUUUAAUGCAUUGUGUGGAUUUGCUUAUAAAGAACCACUUCUUUAAAUCAAGGUUUGUGUUAAAGGAGUUACAGUCAGAAAAGUCAGAYUCUGGGACAAGGACUCAACUGGAAUACACACAAAAAUCGUUUUGAAGUUUUAUUUCAUCUUGUGUAGUUUCUCUUUGGUACUGCAAGUUACAAUAUCCUAAACAGAUUUUUUUUAAUGUAUUUAUAAGUAACUUAAACUUUUCUUAUAACUGAGUGUUUGCUUCAAUGAUGUCUUCUGUUGUUGGAGAAUAGAAAGCAUGAAACUUGUUCAGCUGUUUACAAAUAAAUUAAACAUUUCUGGUAGUUUUGGCUUAGUGUGAGCCAUGACUCACUCUGUGCUAUGGUGUGAAGAAAAAAAUCAGUGAUUCUGAAAGGGAAAGAUUACAAAAUGUUAGCAAAAAAACUUUUUAUUUUUAUUUUUUGGCUGCCUGGUGUGAAACUGCAGAAGUGCCAGUGCAGCAGAGUAAUGCUAGUUUGUCAUCAUGGUCUGUUUUUAGACCAACUGCAGAGAAAAAAACAAGGAAACUAAGGUUUUCACAGUUUAGCAGAAGCAAAUGUUAUCCUAUCAUUUUCUUUUAAUGUUGAUCUACAGAAGGCUUUUUUAAAAUGUCAUGCCGGUUUAAAAAUAUCUUGUUGGAAGCGAUUUAUCAGCCCCCAGGAAGACUUCUAGUUAUUGUUUUCUGAACAUGUGGAUGUGUGGUAAACAGGAUAUAAAUGUAAUUCAAACUCUUAAUUAUGYGUUUACAGGAGUAAAGAGUUUUUAUAUUUGUUUUUUAUUUACAGUGUCAUGUAAAGUUAAAACUAAUUAGAUACUACAUGUUUGCUUGCGAACUUUAAGUAUUUUGUUAAUGAAUGACCAGGAUUGUUUUUUGUCUUAAUAAAUUUUAAACCUGCAGAGGAUUCAGUCCAGAUGUUUUCUUUGUCUUUUUUUCCUGCAAGUUGUUUUCUGUGACUGCAAAAGACUUGAGUAACACAAUAAAAUAUGGCAUCUUUCAGUAUCA